AUGGGGCAGUAUCCAUCAAAGCCGGAAGUCGUUGACGAAAAAGAGGCCAUGGUUCGUCGCAUGCGCCGCCUGAGCCUCGACAAACCUGACUACGUCUUCGUCCAAAAUGAGCUGCACCCAGCGCCGCCCCCGUACGAGAAUGGCGACCGAAUCAAUACUCUUUCCUUGGACCAGACAAAGCGCUGGGAGCAGAAACUUCUGUCCUCGCCAAGGAACCGCCUCGCGAUUUCUGCGCUGAGCAACAACCCGAUAUCGAGUAUCUUGACCAACCAGGAUGCAACCAUUACCGACAGCCAAGUCUUCAACAUCAAGAUCCCCUUCGAAGGUGCUCCCAUCACCAACCAGCGUUCUUCGGGCCGAUGCUGGCUAUUCGCUGCCACCAAUGUGUUCCGUGUGGCUAUCAUGAAGAAAUACAACCUGAAGGAGUUCGAACUCAGCCAGUCGUAUCUGUUCUACUGGGACAAGAUUGAGAAGGCAAACUGGUUCCUGGAGAAUGCAGUUGAUACCGCCAACGAAGAACUUGAAGGCCGUCUGGUCAAGGAGCUCUUUUCCCAGCCCGUGGGAGAUGGUGGCCAAUGGGACUUUGUUGCUAACCUUGUCAAGAAAUACGGUCUCGUGCCGCAAGUGUUGUAUCCUGACUCGUACAACGCCAAGAACAGCGGCAAGAUGGACUCGUUGAUCACCACCAAAUUGCGAGAGCAGGCGUUGACCCUGCGCAAACUGGCUACCACUGGAAAGGGUCACUUGAUCGAGCAGUACAAGCAAAACUCUCUACAGGAAAUCCAUACUAUUCUUACCAUCAUGCUGGGACCGCCUCCAAGCCCGGAGAAGGAAUUCACUUGGACCUUCUACGACGCGAAUGAGAAAUACACCAAGGUUACUGCGAAGCCCACGCAGUUUGCUUCUGCCUUGUCGGAAAAGCACACGGUUCGUGCAUGUGGUGGAGCAGACGUUAACCAACUUUUUAGUCUGGUGCACGACCCUCGCAACGAAUUCAACCGUUUGAUGACCGUGGACCGUCUUGGAAACGUUGUGGGUGGCCUCCCCGUUCGAUACAUCAAUUUGGAAAUGGACACCAUCAAAGCCGCCGCAAUUUCCAUGCUCCGCGCUGGAAUUCCAGUUUUCUUCGGCUGCGAUGUCGGCAAAUUCUCUGACUCGGCCGCUGGAAUUAUGGACAUCGAUCUCUAUGACUUUGAUCUUGGAUUCAACAUUAAACUUGGGUUGACAAAAGAGCAACGCCUGAAGACCGGCGAGUCUGCCAUGACCCACGCCAUGGUUCUGACAGCCGUACACAUUGAGGGUGGAAAGCCGGUCCGAUGGAGAGUGCAGAACUCGUGGGGUGACGGUGCCGGGGACAAGGGCUGGUUCGUGAUGACGGACAAAUGGAUGGAUGAGUUUGUCUACCAAGUCGUGGCUGACCCACGCUUUGUGAGCCAAGAAACGCGGGAUAUUCUGAAGCAAACUCCAAUUGUCCUGCCGUUGUGGGAUCCCAUUGGCGCGUUGGCCUGA